UCUCGGCCACUGGGUCUCAGUUUGCAGCACUCGCGUCGGAAGGCGGAGGAGCUGAAGCACUGUGAAGGACACCAGGAGAAGAAGAAGCUCAGCAAAAAAAGGAGAAAACGGCGCGUCCUUCCCAGUUGGUCUGUAGUCGCUACAACCACGCAGCAGCAGCAGCAGCAUGGAGGACAAAUCCAACUCGUUCUCCAGCAACAAGGAGGAGAAGGCGGACGGGAAUAAUGUGUUUCAGAGGCAAGACUCCAUACAGAAAAACAGCACGGGGAGCCAGAACAUGAAGGACCAUGGCAACUCCGUGGGCUUCAAGGGGGAGCGAGAGGAGGCCAUGGUGGGCUUUGACGAUCUGGAGGGGGCGUCCAGGCAACACGGGUUCAUGCAGAGGCAAUUCGGGGCCAUGAUGCAGCCCGGAGUCAAUAAGUUCUCCCUGCGUAUGUUCGGCAGUCAGAAAGCGGUGGAAAAGGAGCAGGAGAGGGUCCAAACGGCCGGAUACUGGAUCAUUCAUCCGUAUAGCGAUUUUAGGUUCUACUGGGACUUAAUAAUGCUCAUCAUGAUGAUGGGGAAUCUAAUCAUCAUUCCUGUGGGAAUAACCUUCUUCUCAGAACAGACCACCACCACCUGGCUGGUCUUCAACGUGGCCUCGGACACCAUCUUCCUGGUGGACCUGGUCAUGAACUUCAGGACGGGGAUCGUCAACGAGGAGAGCUCUGAGAUCAUCCUCGACCCGAAGGUCAUCAAGAUGAAUUACCUGAAGAGCUGGUUCGUCGUGGACUUCCUCUCCUCCAUACCGGUGGAUUAUAUCUUUUUGAUAGUGGAGAAAGGCUUUGACUCUGAGGUGUAUAAGACGGCCCGCGCCCUGCGAAUCGUCCGCUUCACCAAGAUCCUCAGUCUCCUACGCCUGUUGAGACUGUCUCGACUCAUCCGAUACAUACAUCAGUGGGAGGAGAUUUUCCACAUGACCUAUGACCUGGCUAGUGCUGUGGUAAGAAUAUUUAAUUUGAUAGGCAUGAUGCUGCUUCUGUGUCACUGGGAUGGAUGUCUCCAGUAUCUGGUGCCUCUCCUCCAAGACUUCCCCCCUGACUGCUGGGUGUCCUUAAACGGUAUGGUUAACGUUUCCUGGGGCAAGCAGUACUCGUACGCCCUCUUCAAAGCCAUGAGCCACAUGCUGUGCAUCGGCUAUGGUGCCCGGGCGCCAGUGAGCAUGUCUGACCUGUGGAUAACCAUGCUGAGCAUGAUUGUGGGCGCCACGUGCUACGCCAUGUUUGUGGGCCACGCCACGGCUCUGAUCCAGUCCCUGGACUCUUCACGCAGACAGUACCAAGAGAAGUACAAGCAAGUGGAGCAAUACAUGUCCUUCCACAAGCUUCCAGCAGACAUGCGGCAGAAAAUACACGACUACUAUGAACACCGUUACCAGGGCAAGAUCUUCGACGAGGACAACAUCCUGAGCGAACUCAACGACCCUCUCAAAGAGGAAAUUGUCAACUUCAACUGCCGCAAGUUGGUGGCCACCAUGCCGCUGUUUGCCAACGCAGACCCCAACUUUGUGACGGGGAUGCUGAGCAAGCUGAAGUUUGAGGUGUUUCAGCCCAACGACUACAUCAUCCGCGAAGGCACAGUCGGGAAGAAGAUGUACUUCAUCCAGCACGGCGUCGCCAGCGUCAUCACCAAAUUCAACAAGGAGAUGAAGCUGACUGAUGGCUCCUACUUUGGAGAGAUCUGCCUUCUCACCAAGGGCAGACGAACAGCCAGCGUGCGAGCGGACACCUACUGCCGACUCUUCUCGCUGUCCGUCGACCAUUUCAACGAGGUGUUGGAGGAGUACCCCAUGAUGCGGCGAGCUUUCGAGACGGUAGCCAUCGACCGGUUGGAUCGCAUCGGGAAGAAGAACUCCUUGCUACUGCAGAAGUUCCAGAAGGACCUGAACGCCGGUGUGUUCAACACGCAGGAGAACGAGAUAUUGAAGCAGAUUAUCCGUCAGGACAGGGAGAUGGUGAUGAUGGUGGAUCGCAAGCAGUCGGUCACCGGGAUGAACUCGACGCCAAUGUCCGGAAACUCCAUCAUUAACUCACCGGCCCAACCACCCUUCUCCACCGCCUUUGGAAUGAGUCAGUUCCAGCAGUCCUCGGUACCUUUGACCUACAGUGCUUCAGCUAUUGCCAACGCCUCCGCUGCCCGCAUGCUGCCGGCCGCCGCCGCAGCGGCCAUAUACCCUAUCCCCAGUGUUUCCCACGGCAACCUGAAUUCCUCCUCCACCAACCCGCAGACACCGCUCCAGCCGCAGGGCGCCAUCAUGUCACCGUGCUCCUUCACGGCUGCCAUGUGCAGCCCACCGGUGCAGACGCCACUGGCUAGCCGGAGCUUCCAGUACGGUUCUCCCACAGCGUCCCAGCUGUCGCUUAUCCAGCAGCCCAUCGCCCAGACGUCUCUACCCAGCCAGCAGCCGCCUGUGUCCGCCGCCGGGGCCGGCCCUGCGACGCCGCAGCAGCAGCAGUCGCCACAGCAGCAGCAGGCCCCUUCACCUCAGCGAGGGGACCUCCACAAAAGCACGCAGGCUCUUCAGUCGGGCAGCUUGAGUCGAGACGUGCGACACUUAUCAGCCUCUCAGCCGUCUCUGCCGCACGAAACGUCGCUGGGGCCGCGGGCGCACCAAGCCUCGGGCGACUCGCUGGCCUCCAUCGUGCCACCAACAGCGGCGGCGGCGGCGAUCCAGGGGAUGAAUCUCCAGAGCGGCAUCCGCACCACAGUACCCCAACGGGUCAAUUUGUUCCGUCAGAUGUCAUCGGGGGCCCUGCCGCCCGUACGCUCGUCAGCGGCGGCGGCUGCAGCGGUGGCGGCCGCAGCGACUUCGUCGUCGACAAGCCAGCCCAGGGAAUCACCCGGGUCUCGGAGAGAUUCUGUCCUGAGCAGUACGGAGACUGAGCAAGACAAAAUGCGCUUUGCAUCAAAUUUAUGAUCAUUUAUUUUGCGUUAUUUAUUUUUUUUUAACCACGGAGGAGCUACAUGCUCCUCCUAAAAAUAACCUCAUUGAAAUAGUGUACAUACGAGCCCUUGUAUUAUAUUUUAGACACAUUGUCUCCCUCCUUAAGAAUGUAUAUUAUACAGAUAUUCUCUUUCUUUUACGCCAUAUCUAUAAAGAUAUACACAUAUAUGGCCUGUAUGUGUAUAUGCGGUGUGAACGGGAGCCGGGAGAAUGCGUGAGUGCAUGUGACUGCGUGUUCGAAUCCAACGAAUAUAUUUCGCAACGGCAAUUUAAAAAUGUAGUAUAAACACGAGUCUUCCUUUCUGAGAAAUAUAAUGAAUUAUAUACAAUGUAUGAAUUUUUUAUUUAUAUAUUUAUUUUUUCCUUUUUUCAAGCUGGAAUGCAUUAUGGAUUGUGACUUUUUUUCACCACCGAAGAAGAGGAGAAGCAGCUUUAGGCGCCACUGUGGAAUCAUACAUGCAAAGUAACACUUGCAAAAAAAAACAAGAAAAAAAAAAAAAAACAAAGGAAAAAAAAAAAGCACA